AAAACAAGUAACAUCCAAAUCUAACCCCCCCAAAAAUGUAACUUUCUUUAAAGUAUUCAACCAAUCAAGUAACGAAUAUAUAAUUCACUGAAAAGGUUUUGAGCACUUUUGAGGAUUUCCCCAUUGAUGGACUCGGGUACCGCAUACAGUUAUUGACCCUUUUGUCCAUUCAAACUGUUUUCACAUUCCCUAUAUAUAAAUUGUGGGUACAAAACAAACAGAGUAAGUGCUCUGUAAUUCAGAUAUAGUUCUAUUCCUACAACUAUAUGAAACGGAGUACUUACUACAAAGAAACAGAGUGAAACAGAGUCCUCUGUAAUUGAGAUAGCUUGAACAGAGGACAAUAUGGAAGAAGAUAAGAGAAAGGGAGCGAAUGAAGAGAAGGAAGGAGAAGUGAGGUACAGAGGGGUGAGAAGGCGGCCAUGGGGGAAGUUCGCGGCGGAGAUUCGUGAUUCGAAUAGGCACGGAGUGCGGGUGUGGCUUGGCACUUUUAGCACUGCAGAGGAGGCUGCAAGAGCUUAUGAUCGAGCCGCACAUUCAAUGAGGGGUCGUUUGGCAAUUCUUAACUUCCCUGAUGAGUAUCCUCCCUCUUCCUCUUCAUCGUCAUCAUCCUCGUCCUCGUCCUCUGCCACUGCUGCUGAGAAUGUGGAUAGAACUCAGGGAGGGAGGGGAAGAGAAGUAAUUGAAUUUGAGUACUUGGAUGACCAGUUGUUAGAGGACCUUCUUGGGUAUGAAGACAAAAAUACCAAGAAAGAUUAACAAUUUACACCAAUGUUGGGGCUCAAAGGAUUAUAUGCGCAUCUAUUUCUUU